GAAUAAUACUACAAAAGGUUACAACUUUUUUUUAGAGGAUGUGAUUUGGGUCAACGUCAAAUCUUGUUUAUUAAGCCUCUGAACGAACAAAGAGAGUAGUAACCCUUUUUUGAUUCGAUGCCGAGAGCAUCUCUGAUAAGCUGCUGCACGCGCUUUCACGCGCCGACAACUCGUCUUUCUUUAUUCCGCCGUAGUCACCACAACAAGCUCACACCUUCAUCUCCUCGCUGCUUCAGCCACAACGAUUGCAGACAUCAAAUGGAGCAGCUUGAUCUCUCUGCCAACACUGUGAUUGAUCAUCCUCGAGCUCUCACUGAUAAAACAACCCUAAUCCGUGACGCGGGUCCUUCCAAAUUUCAGGUUAUUGCAGACUUCGAUGGGACUUUAACGAGAUACAGAGUCAAUGGAGUUCGAGGCCAGAGCAGCCAUGGGAUCUUGCAGCAAGGAAACGCAGAUUACGAUGCUAAGAGGGAAGCAUUGUAUGAACACUAUCAUCCUCUUGAGUUCUCUCCUCUCAUUCCCCUUGAAGAUAAAACCAAACUCAUGGAAGAAUGGUGGAGUAAAACUCAUAAUCUACUCAUUGAGGGAGGUUUAACAUUUGAUGCAAUCAAGGAUUCUGUUGCUAAUUCUUCCAUAGCUUUUAGAGAUGGUGUGGCUGAGCUUUUUGAAUUUUUGGAGGAAAAGGAGAUCCCAGUUUUGAUUUUUUCAGCAGGGCUUGCUGAUGUUAUUGAAGAGGUUUUGAGGCAGAAGCUUCAUAGAACAUUCAAGAAUGUAAAGAUUGUGUCCAACAGGAUGGUCUUCGAUGAUGAUGGACGGCUUGUGUCUUUUAAAGGAAAGCUUAUUCACGUGCUAAACAAGAAUGAACACGCUUUAGACAUGGCUGCUCCACUCCACGACCAACUUGGUGUUGACAAUGGUGGGGAAGGUGAAGAGAAUGCGUACGUGAAACAAAGAACAAACGUUUUGCUUCUAGGAGACCAUAUGGGGGAUCUGAGGAUGUCUGAUGGUUUGAAUUACGAGUCUCGAAUAUCUUUUGGAUUCCUGAAUGAUAACGUUGAGAAGAGUCUUGAAAGCUACCGUAAGGCCUUUGAUAUCGUUUAUCUUAAUGAUGCACCUAUGUGGGGAGCUCUGGAGAUUGCUUCUCAGUUAUUUCCAACAGAAGCUAGUUAACUGCAAUGCCUGAGACUGGGAGCCAUGUUAAAGUGCAAGACUCUUUCUUCAGUUGUCUUGAUUGAAACAAUAUUCUUAACUAGAAGUUCCGUGUUGUUUGCUUCAGAUUUAUAAAUGAAUCAUUAUUGAGAGACU